AUUAUCUAUAAUGUUAAAUUUAAUUAGAAUGUUAUUUUUGAAUUUUUAAUGCGAUUUUUCAUUUUCUAGUACAGUACUAAUCUUAUUUUUCGAAUGUGCCGACAACGUCGUAGUUUGAAAGUGGCCAUAUUGAUUUCUCAGUCCUGUACUGUAACUCUUGCUGCGCAUGCAAUCGUCCGGGUUGUAAAAAAUUUUGCAAGCAGUAAUAACUAUUAAGUAUUCAAUUUUUCAUGUUAUGAUCUAAUCUCAGCUUUGAGCAUAGAACUGUUUGAGUUCCUUCUCGAAAUGCCUAGGAAGUCUGAAGAGUUUGCUUCGGAAUUUGAACAAGAGUUCGACAGGCAUCGACAUGUCCUGCAAAAAGGAGCUGGAGGUCCCAUGGGAUACGGUGAUCCGGACGACAAAACUUUAAGAAAAGUGGAGAAAGAUGUUAUGGUUCCUAUGAUCAUCCGCGAUCGCACUAGGCUCGAGAAAUGUCGGGAAUAUUAUGAUGCUUUCAGGGCAUGCGGUAAAGCAGCCGGUCUGGGGAUCGUUUUCCGAUGCAGAAACGAAAAUAAGGAUAUGGUGCGCUGUUUUAAUAAAUGGUAUCAUGAUCCUGAAUUCGUAGAAGAAUGCACACAGGAAUAUUUGGAAAAACGAGCAGAGUUUCGUAAAACCGGUCAAAUGAAAAAGCGGAGGAAAUUUACGGAACCGGCAGGAGAGUACGUACCGUAUGGUACUUUACCCUUUCAGAAAAAGGACGGAGAUGAAAAGACUUGAUUGGUGUAGGCCAUUUCGAACUGUGCAAAGUCGCGUGUUGAAUAAUUUUCAUGUUUUUAACAGUCAUAAGAUACAGUUUGUUGUUUUUGACCAAAGAAGUUUCGACAGUUGUGCCGGUGUGGGUUUUCUGGAUGAUAGUUGGGGCUGGCAUGCCAGAAGCUCCUCUCUACAUGUAGUUCAAAUGCGCUCCGUGUUGUAUGGAGAAGAUUGAAUAAAUAAAGUUUUGGAAGAAAGAAA